CACAAGCUGACGCCCGCUUGGUUGUUGUCCCUCCUCCUCCUCCUCCUCCUCCUCCUCCUUCUCUUUGGGGGCGGGCGGGUUUGAAAAGGAGGAAGAAGCCAAGAAGGGCAGCCCGAGAAAGAGAGAGAAAGAGAGAGGGGAGAGGUGCACUAAAGCCGGGCAAGAGGAGAAGAGACAGCCGUCGGGAGCUAAGACGAAGCGGUGGAGGGAGAGCCUCUUCUUUCCCGCGGCAGCAGACCCUUUGCAUGGCUGAGCCUCCCACCCUCCAAGUGCCUCCGAGCAACUUUCAAUCUCCACUGAUGUAUGAAGCUUCAGAGCACCAAAGUGUUGGCACAGAUAGUUCAGGAAGCAGUCUUGGAAGCUCGGUCACAGCAUGUAAGAAGGUUCUCUGCAGUAACAGCUUGCUAGAAUCAACAGACUACUGGCUUCAGAAUCAGAAGACACCAUGCCGAAUUGGUAUAGUGGAAGACAAACUGGAAAAGAACUACACUUCAGUUUGCUUUGUGAAUCUGGAUGCACACAAAGAUGAUUGUGACAAUGAACUCAUGAAACAGAAGUUGGUCGACAUCUCCCCAAAUCUCCCAAAGCUUAUCAGCUCUAUGAAUGUACAGCCACCAAAAGAGAAUGAAAUCAUCCUUCUGAGUGGGUUAACAUCAGGGAAUCUUCAGAGUGAUUUUGAAGAAACCCAGUGUUCUUGGCUGGCAGAUGUCUGUCUGGUUCAGUGUGCACGAGGAAACAGAAAGAACAGCACAAGCUGCAUCAUCUUUGAAAUAAACAAGUUUCUGAUUGGGUUGGAGCUUGUGCGGGAGAAGCAGCUGCACAUAGAGGCUGGUAUCUUAAAGCCUGAGGAUGACACUAAUUGUUCAGUGUCCUCAAUAGAGGAAGAUUUUCUCACAGCAUCUGAGCACUUUGAAGAUGAGAAUGAGCCUGGUGAAUAUGAAAAUGGUCAGGAUCAUCUAAGUAUUACAGAAACUGUCAUAGAGUCCAAAACGUAUAGAGGGAAAGAAUUUGAACAUCUACAUUGCCAUAAGUCCACAUUGGAAGCAAAUUGUAUUAACAAAGAUAGCCACACAACUUCUGCUAGGACUUCAAGCUCCUCUGAAGAAGAAUGCAAUGGCGAGGGUGAAAUUGAUAUUUCAAAAACUGUAGAUAAAGCCAUAGAGCAGCUUCACUGGAAAGUUGAUCAACCUGGAAAAUCCAAGCCAUCCUCUAAUACAGAUUGUCUAGAUGACUUUUCUGAUUUGUCAGAAGAUGUUACUUUGACCAUAAUGGCCAAGGAAGAAGGAAUUUCUUUGGAUGAUGCAACAGUAUCGCAAAACACUAAUUCAGACACACCAGACUGUAGAACUGAUAGAACACCCCAUCUUUUCAUUAAAAAUGAACAAGCCACUGCUGGUCAGUUUGCUACAAAUCUGGCAGAAUCUGUCCUGCAAGAUGCAUUCAUCAGAUUGUCUCAGUCUACUUUUCCUAAAGAGGCUGCCAUCAGCAUCUCUGUUGGUAAUUCCUUAACUUCACCUGCAUAUGCAACACAGAAUAUCAUGACUCCCCAAUCAUGGAGUGAACUCCCCAAAAUUGUUAUAGUGCAGAGUCCAGACGGUUUUGAUAAUAACCUUGAGUGGCCUGGGUCCAGUUUACCAAGUAUGUGUCCUUGGUCUGAAGGCGAAUGUUCCAGUGAAGAUCAUUUGCAAGACAAUAGCUCCAGCGGGAAAACUCAGAGUGCUUUAGAAGUAGCUUUGGCUUGUGCUGCAACAGUCAUUGGUACCAUUUCAAGUCCCCAUGCCACAGAACAGCUCAAAAGAGAACAAGAAUCCAUAAACACUCCAACUAAUCUGGUUGAUAAUGAAGAGUCGGAGGAGUUAUCUUCCCAAAGUGUCAAUCAUUGCACACCUGUGGAUUAUUCAUUUCCGUCUGCUCUGUGUGGCAUGACUCAGGUUGCAAGUGCUGUUGCUGUUUGUGGCCUUGGGGAAAAGAAAGAUGAUAAGUACCCUGUAACUUCAGGAGGACUUUUAUCUGCUGCUGAGACAUCAGCCGCAGUUACUCUUCGUUACAGUAUAGCUAUAGGGAGUAGUAUGGAAGGCUUGAACUAUAACAUUGCACAGAUGCUAUUCAAAGAAGCAUCAGUAGUGUUAAUGAAGCCUGAAACUUACAGGAACGUAGGAGACUUUAUGGAGUCUAUGAAUGAGAAAAUUGUUCAGGCUGCGACAAAGCCCUCAGUUCCCCAUUUGGACGAAAUUGUUAUUGAUGAUCUCGCCCAAAAUUUGUCCAAUGUUAUUCUUACACACUCAGUGGAAGAAGUCAGGAAGAAGCAGUUAAAUGUCUGUUCAGAAAGAAACUUAGACCUUCAUACCCAGGAUGUUUUUAUUUCAACUGUUAAUAAGCUGCUUUUUAAUGUGCUGUACUUCACCUGUAAGAAAGUGAGUGAUAUUGUACAACUUAGUGAGUGUUCAAGCACUUUUCCUGAAGACAGCCUUAGUGCUCAGGUAAUGGAGAACCAAUCAAAGGAGACAACAAACGAUCUGUUAGAGCACCCCCCAAACUGCUCCAGUAAUAAGCUUUUUAAUACAGUCUCUAGCACUAAUCAUGGAAAGGAAAUUGUGUCUGCAAGAUCUUUGGUGAAAGAUGCCAGACGGGAAGCUGGACUAAGCACCCUUGAGUCUCCUGCACUUCAUGCAGAUGUGCCAACCAGAGCCACUGCACAUAGUUCAUCCUCUGGAAAAAGCUCUCCCAAGAAAAAAUAUCUCAAAAGAAACAUGAGAGAGUGUUACAAACCCAUAGAUCCCAAUAGCAUCAAUCAAACUAGGAAAAAACUCCAGUCAUUUACAGGCAAAGACUCUACAACACCAGCAAGUGAACGCAAAUAUGGCCUUCAAGAACUUCAGUCUUCCAAUGGGAAAGUAAAUAGAGAAAAUCAGGAAAAUCAUACAUGCAAUGUAGGAUGGCACAAUGAAACCCAACUCACUAUGUCGUUAUUGGGCAAUCCAAGUUUUCCACCUCCCCAACCUCUGCUACACAUGAAGCACCCACCCGACAGAUACUGCAUAGCAGAUUUUGCAGAGGAAUUGGCAGAGACAGUGGUCUCUAUGGCAACAGAAAUAGCUGCCAUUUGUCUUGAUAAUUCAAAUGGCAAGCAACCCUGGUUCUGUUCAUGGAAGAGAGGAGAUGACUAUUUCAUGCCCCAGGCGUUGGCAUGCCGGCCCGUUAAAAGGAAGAAGGAGACACCAGUUGUGAGAAAACACCGGCCACCUAGGCUUAGUGAGAUCAAGAGAAAAACAGAUGAGCACCCUGAGCUUAAAGAAAGGCUUAUGAAUAGGGUAGUGGAUGAAUCCAUUAACCUUGAUGAUAUACUAGAUUCCAGCAAUAGCUUUGCCAGUGAAGUAGCUGCUAAAAUUAUGAAUUUAGCUGAACUCUCUGUGGCUGAUAAUGUCUGGCAGAGUCCAAACCAUCCUCGAAAUAGACUGCAUUGUGACAGAUGGAGCAGAGUCAAUGCAUCCAGCUGUGAGAGCAUUCCUGAGGAGGACUCAGAUUCCAAAGGGCCUGCAAAUACUUUAGGUCUCCUGAACACUCUAGGACAGCCAAUGAGCAGAACUAGUUCUGUCUCCAAGCAGUCCAGCUGUGAAAGCAUUACAGAUGAGUUUUCAAGGUUUAUGGUCAACCAAAUGGAAAAUGAAGGUCGGGAGUUUGAUUUAUUACUUGACUACUAUGCUGGGAAGAAUGCAAACAACAUUUUGACAUCUGCUCUGCAACAAGUCACCAAGAAAAAUGGGCACCUCAAUGUUAGGUCAGGUUGUCCAUCCAAACAGUCCAGCACGGAAAGUAUUACAGAUGAGUUUUAUAGAUAUAUGCUAAAGGAAAUUGAAAAAGAGAAUAAAGAGAAUGUGACUAGAAACUCAAAAGACUGGAAUAGCAAUUUAUUGCCUUCUUCUCAGCGAUCACCCUUUUGCUUUAGGCAGUCUUCAAUGCCUGACAGCAGGUCCUCAGCAUCAAGGCUAACGGUAAAUGCACCCAUCAAAGCAAAUUCAUUAGAUGGCCUUUCUCGCAAUGGCCACCAGGAUUCUUUAAGUGUACAACCAAUCAGCACAGUGUCUGCUUCAGGACUUUGUAAAUCAGAUUCUUACUUGUACCAAAGAUGUCGGACUGAUCAGGUAACUGACAUGCUGAUCCAUGAGACAUGGGCAAACUCCAUUAAAGCUCUAAUGUGCAAAAACAAAAUAAUAGUUGAUGAUGGAGAGGUUCCUGAACUUGACCAGCAUCCUCACAACUCCCCACCACAAGUCCAGCAAUAUGCAAAUAGGUUAGCAGCAAAUAUAGUUGAAAGCGGGAAAACGUUAAUUUCCAUCCACCAAGAUUCUUCAGAGAGAGAUCAUGCCACAGGAAGCAACCAUAUUCCACUAGGAAUGCAAAAUAUCAGUAAACUAAUAGGUAACAGAAUAGAUUUAGAUGUGAAAAAGGAACACACUUCAUCUCCUGGAUCUUUUCCUACAAACCACGCAAGCUGUUCUGCAUACCUAAGGGAAGUGCCUUUAAUUCAAAUAGAGACAGAUCAAAGAGAAGACCUUGAUAAGGAUUCAGAACCUGUAAUUGAACUUACCAUGGCCUCUGAGGAAACUAGGGAGCAUCUAAACAAAGAAAAGCCUUCAAAUAACAGCUUGACCACAGGCAGAUGUCCUGAGCCUGAAGCCUCCAUGGAGGCCAGAGCAGUAGAAGUCCCUCUCAGCAGCAGCGAUGAAAGCACAGGUAGCAGCUGGUGUCAACUGGCAACUGAGGAGGAGAACCCGGAUGAUACAAGCAGCUUUUUGCAGCUCAGCGAGAGAUCCAUGAGCAAUGGCAACAGCAGUACCACUAGCAGUCUUGGCAUUAUGGAUCUGGAAAUUUAUCAGGAAAACAUGCCAUCUUCUCAUACAAUUAAUGAAUUGGUAGAAGAAAAAACAUUCCGUAAAAAAGAGCCAGAAAAGGCAGAAGAAUACACUUCUGCUUUAUGCGAGGGAGCUGCCAAUGGGCAAAAGGAUCUCUUGGUGAUAAACUGUGACCUGGAACCAGGGUGCCCAGACGCAGAACUGCGUGCCACGCUUCAGUGGAUAGCUGCAUCAGAGCUUGGGAUUCCCACCAUCUAUUUUAAGAAAUCUCAGGAAAAUAGAAUUGAAAAGUUUUUAGAUGUCGUACAGCUUGUCCACCAAAAAUCCUGGAAAGUGGGCGAUAUCUUUCAUGCGGUGGUACAGUUCUGCAAACUCCAUGAAGAAAGCAGAGAGCUGACACCAAGUCUCUUUGAUUGGCUUCUUGAACUGGGAUAAGAAACCUUGUUAUACUCUCCAUGUUAAUUUUUAAUCCAUUUUAAGUGGCAGUGCUUUGUGAAUGGCCAUGUAUUCAGAACAUCAGCACCAUAAGUGAAUAGAAAUACACAAACUCUGCCAAUGCACCAGAAUGUUACAAAGCUGUGCACAGGAGAAAAGUGGAAGUCCAGGGUAUACCAUUACUUUAUAUGGGAGACUUUUUAGACUAUAUUAUUGCAAGAAAGAAUGUCAAUACAUUUUAAAUGAAUGCUUUAAUGAAGGUUGGUUUCUUAAAAGCGACACAAUUCCCUUUAUUUCUGGUAAUCAUAGACUGUCUCUCAUUUGUAUUGACUCACACUGGAACUGCACAGUAACAAAAAAAAAUUAAAGAAAAAUUUUAAAAUCACUAUAAUUACACUUAUGCUUGUGUAAGUUUGUAGAAUGUUACCCAAAGGUAUAUAUAGGAGAUCUGUUUCAGUGAAUUCUAUAUAAUUAUAUUUUCACAUUAUUCCAGAAGAGCAGAAAGAAGAGUCUAAGUUCUGUGCACUAUAUCAGAAACAACACUUACAAGCUAUUAAUAUAGCUUUUUAAAGCCUGUAGUCAUUCAGCAGGCAUAUUAUUCUGCUGAAUACAAUUCAGGUUGGUGAAUUUUCAUACAGGUCUUUAAAACUCAUCUUGUUGUUGUUGCUGCUGCUGUUGCUGUUACUUCCUAUUGGAAGCUAUGUAGUCCAGCGAAUGUAAUAUAGGACUGCUUUUUAAGAAAUCCAAGUCCCAUGUGGAGCUGUAUUUGCAAUUUGUUUUAAGACUGUGGGCAGGUAUUGGUAUUUUGAAACUUCACUUUUACCCAUUUGUAAUGGUGAAUCAUGUCCUUUGUAAAGUUCUUUAAAUAUACAGAGUAGUUUUUAAAAGAACCCAACAUAACUACUGAAAUUGUACAGCUUGGUUAUAUUUCCUCAGAAGUUUCACUGAAUUUAUGAGGCUUGCUCCAAGUGUCCAUUGGAUUGUGGCCAUAGAUCAAAUUUACUGUUAUUUAGAUUAACUUCUCAGUGGAAAUCGGUUGUUUAAGCCAACCUCAAAAUAUCUAUUAUCUCAUAGAGAAAUAUAACAAGUAAAGUUUUUAUAUAAAAAUUUAAAAAUCUUAAUUUAUUUACAUCUGACUUUCCAUUUUGCAUUUAAAUAUUUGGAAUACAAUGCAUAUAUUUUACUAAGAAAACAAUCAAUUUGUCAGCAUGCAACCCCAGCAGUUCAAUUAACUAGUAAUUUUCAUACUAUAUUUAAACCUUCUUUAGCACUAGCCAACACAUCUGGUUUAAAUUUAAAGUCAAAAUGGGGGAUUGUUUCAGUAGAACUCUUCAUUUCAUUACUCAUUCAAUAUCAUCACUGCAGAACGCCAAUACCCUUUCCAAAUAUAAUCUGCAGCUAUUCCACACUGUUGCGAAUUGCAUAUAUUUUAUCAUUUUUUAAAAAGCAAAACUGUAUUUUUGGUCAUAUAGUGAUAAUUGCUUGUUAACUUCCUGCAAAAAUAUGAAAGACAUAUUUUAUUUUCAUUACAAGACUAUAUGAUUCUGUAAUAUGUCCAAAAUGUUUUUGCACUAUUUUGAAGUAAUUUUAAAUAAAUUAUAAAGAGCCAUAUUUACCUAAUUGUUCCUAUUAAAAGUGCAUGUCUGUAUGUUCUCAUAAUUCAAAGAAGACAUUUCCCAGGAUUUAAAUCUAUUUUUAAGUGUUCAGGCAACUUUUCUGAUUAUUCUACAAUACAGAUCGAGAAGUCAAGAUCACUAUUACUAAUCAAACAUCUAGUUUAUUCCUGGUCCUAGCUCAGGCUGAACAACACCUAGGUCUGCUCAGAAGAAAUGACACUGUCUUAAAAGCCAGCCAGGGCUUCUGUUCACUAAGUACCUCUCAACAGUAAAAAAAAAAAAAUGAAAAGUAUAUUGCUAGAAAAGUUAUUUAUUUUUAGAUCAAUGCAGGUUGGUAAUAAAUUAUACUGACUUUCAGUGAUGGUAGAAUAAAUGUUUACAAGCACAAAUAACACAGUGACAUGUAAAAAUGUGAUGAAAUUUCAUUCUGUACGUUUCUUCUUCGUAUUGCAACCUGAUCUGAAAUAAAUUUGUGUUAACAGUC